GGUGUUGGUCCUUGGCGUGGCGUGCAUCAUCGGAAGAAACGGGUACAAGCGACGAUGCGUCCGAGCGUGCUGAUCCUGUCAGUGCUGCUAGCGCUGCUGCAGUACCUACGACCGGGAUCAUGCUCAGAGGACGAAGAACGGCUAGUGCGGGAUCUAUUCCGCGGUUACAACAAACUCAUUCGCCCAGUGCAAAAUAUGACACAAAAGGUGGACGUGCGAUUCGGAUUGGCCUUCGUGCAGCUAAUCAACGUGAAUGAGAAGAAUCAAAUCAUGAAAUCAAACGUGUGGCUGAGACUGGUGUGGAGCGAUUACCAGCUGCAGUGGGAUGAAGCCGAUUACGGUGGCAUCGGUGUACUGCGAUUACCACCCGACAAAGUCUGGAAGCCCGACAUCGUGCUGUUCAAUAACGCCGACGGUAACUACGAGGUGCGCUACAAAUCAAACGUGCUAAUCUACCCAAACGGUGAGGUCCUGUGGGUACCACCGGCCAUCUAUCAAAGCUCGUGCACCAUCGAUGUCACCUACUUCCCGUUCGAUCAGCAAACCUGCAUCAUGAAAUUCGGCUCGUGGACGUUCAACGGGGACCAAGUAUCGCUCGCCCUGUACAACAAUAAAAACUUCGUCGAUCUGUCCGACUACUGGAAGUCGGGCACCUGGGAUAUCAUCGAAGUGCCCGCCUACCUCAACGUGUACGAGGGUAAUCCGACGGAGACGGACAUUACGUUCUACAUCAUCAUACGCCGCAAAACGCUCUUCUACACGGUCAACUUGAUCCUGCCGACGGUGUUGAUUUCCUUCCUCUGCGUGCUUGUCUUCUAUCUACCGGCAGAGGCCGGUGAGAAAGUGACGCUCGGUAUCAGCAUUCUCCUGUCACUGGUUGUGUUUCUGUUGCUCGUGUCGAAGAUCCUGCCACCGACAUCACUCGUGCUGCCGCUGAUCGCCAAGUAUUUGCUGUUCACCUUCAUCAUGAACACGGUCUCCAUCUUGGUGACGGUCAUCAUCAUUAACUGGAAUUUCCGAGGGCCACGUACACAUCGCAUGCCGAUGUGGAUACGGUCGGUGUUUUUGCACUAUCUGCCUGCGAUGUUGCUAAUGAAGCGUCCUCGCAAAACACGCCUUCGUUGGAUGAUGGAAAUGCCUGGUAUGAGUGUUCCACCACAACCGCAUACACAUCCAUCUUACGGCUCACCGGCUGAGAUACCGAAGCACAUCAGUGCGCUUGGUGCCAAGCAGUCCAAGAUGGAGGUGAUGGAGCUGUCUGAUCUGCAUCAUCCCAACUGCAAGAUGAACCGCAAGCUGAACAGUGGUGAUCUCGGUAUUGGGGCGGAUAGUUGUCGUCGCGAGAGCGAGAGUUCGGACUCGAUCCUGUUGUCACCCGAAGCGAGCAAGGCUACGGAAGCCGUCGAGUUCAUCGCGGAACAUCUGCGCAAUGAAGAUCUCUAUAUUCAGACCCGGGAAGACUGGAAGUAUGUGGCGAUGGUGAUCGAUCGAUUGCAGUUGUACAUUUUCUUCAUCGUCACCACGGCCGGUACAGUUGGGAUUUUGAUGGAUGCACCGCACAUCUUCGAGUACGUCGAUCAGGAUCGCAUCAUCGAGAUCUACCGUGGCAAGUAA